AUGGCAGACAACGAUUCAAGAUCGAAUUCCGAAUCGCAAGCACAGACACGCAUCCCGACUCAGGCAGAGCUCGAUAAAGUUGCCCAAGUCAACAUCUUGGACAAGAAUGGCGACAAGAAGCAGUUCGGCACACUCUGGAGUCGCCAUGGAGAUAUGCCGCGUCGAACUAUCGUUAUUUUCAUCCGUCACUUCAACUGCGAGGCGUUCUCCCCUGAAGAUCUGGCAGCCAGGUCGAUACCGACGACGCUUACGAUAAUCGGAUGUGGCAGUCACACAUUCAUCUCGACUUACCUCGAACGCACCGGCUGUAAAUUUGAGAUCUAUACAGAUCCAUCGCGCGUCACCUACGAUACGCUUGGAUUGACGUGCAACUUGGGCCUUGGGAAGAAACCAGACUAUAUCGAGAACAGUUUUGUGGGAACUCUGAUUGGCACGGCAAAUACGUUGAUGACCUUGACCACUUCAUCGGGAAAGAAGAGUCAGAAUGGUGGAGAGCUCAUCUGGAUUGACGGCGAUAUUAAGUGGGCAAGGAGGAUGCAAAACACACGCGACCAUGUCGAGAUUGAGGAUUUGAAGCAUGUGUUGGACGACCAGGAGAAAGACCUCGAGAAGAGCGACAUCGCAUGA